UCUCCCUCAAGCUCUUGCCCUUACCUACUCUCCCUUGCUCUGCGUCCAAGCCCUUGGGCACUUGUUUCCCAAGCCUCCCUCAUGACAUGCACCGUAGGGCAAUGCGUACUGGUGCCGUACGCGCUGGCCCAGUGCGUGCUGGCGCCAUGCGGCGUUGCCGUAGAGCCGUGUGCGCUGGCGCCAGGCGCGCCCCGUCACUCGUGCUGGUGCUGGCGCUCGCGCCACGUGCGCGCUGGCGCUGGCACUGGCGCCAUGUGUGCUGGUGCUGGCGCUGGCACCAUGCACGCUGGCACCAGGUGCGCGCUGACGCCGUGCAUGCUGACGUCGUGCGCGCUGGCGCCAUGUACGCUGGCCGUGUGUGCGCUGGCCGCCUGCGCGCUGGCGCCAGGUGCCCACUGGCGCCGUGUGCGCAGGCGCUGUGCGCGCAGGCGACGUGCACGCUGGCGCCGUGCGCGCAAGCGCCAGGUGCGCACUGGCGCCGUGCACGCUGGCCGUGUGCGCGCUGGCGCCAGUGGCCCUUGUGCGCUGGUGCCACGCGUGCUGGGCGGAAGUGAGCGCAGGCGCCAGCCGCCCUAGCAUCAGGCAGCUCUUGGUUUAGGGCCAUGCGCGCUUGCGGCUCGUUCGCUGGGACGGUGAGUGUCAGGCUCCCUCGUGCCGUGCCAGCUAGAGGUGCGAUCUACGGCAGCAGCGGUGUGCAUUCAGAGGGGAGAGGAGGAAGAGCGGGGAUGGCGAAGGGAAGGUACGACUGUUGUUCAAGGUGAGUAAGCAUCUCAGUUGUACUUGUUUAUUUCCGCAACAAUUUGUUCAGUUGCAUUGUCUUUUUCCCUUCUUACUCUCGACUUGUCUCUCCACUCUUGGUUUACGUACCUUCUUGCAUAAAACUUGCAUGCUGGCAUAGUGCGCGCUGGCUCUUGGCGCGUUGGCACCCUGCGCGCUGGCUGCUUGCUCGCUGGCUGCUCGCGUGCUGGCUGCUCGUGCGCUAACGCCCUGCGCACUGCUGCUUGCAUGCUAGUGCUCUGUGCGCUAGUGCCCUGUGUGCUAGCUGGCUGCUUCCGCACUUGCGAAUAUGCGUUGGCUGGCUGCGCGAUGCUUGCUUGCAUGCUAACACCCUGCAGGCGGCUUGCGCACUAGUGCAUGGCGUGCUGGCUGCUUGCGUACUGGCGGCUUGUGCGCUGGUUGCUUGUGCGCUAGCCCCCUGCACGCUGCCUGCUUGCGUGCUGGCGGCUUUCGCGCUAGUGCCCUUGACACUGGCGGUUGCCGCGCUAGCGCCCUGCGUGUUGGUUGGUUGCGUGCACGCUCAGUGCUUGCUUGCUGACGGCUUGUGCGCUAGCGCCCUGCACGCUGGCUGCUUGUGCACUAGUUGCCCUGUCCACUGGCUGCUUGCGCACUAGCGCCGUGCUUGUCGUAGUGCAGGUGGUCUACAUAUUGCUAGUACCUUCUUAUCGUGCUGACCGUUGUGCCCUACCCCUCCCACACUCUCUCGUUCUGUCGUUUCUGUAUUUUUGUGAGUCUUUUAACAACAUCCCUUCUACGUUGACUUAGUGGGCGGAACUAGUUGACGCUCCUGUUCCAAGCCAGAGAUUUUUGGCAGAGUUAGUUGUAAGUGCUUUAUUGCCAUUGUUUCCAUCCCUAGUCUUCCCUAUUCAGCGGGCCCUACACUAUUUUCUCAUUUUGCACUAUGCUUAUUUGGAUUUUGGCCGUAUAACCACCCUUGCUCUCACUCAUCGAAAGUUCUUUGAUUGUGUUGUAAACCCUCAAGUUCCUUCCUUUCAGUCGCUAUUACAGUCACGAACGCACAUAUUCGUUGAACUCAUACGUUCACAACUCUCAUGCUUAUGUACACAUCAUGUUAGUGUGACUCAUAAUUCUCUGUUCUCCUACUUUUUCCUGCAGGCCAUCUCUGCACAUCUUUAUACAGUAUGUGCUCAAGACUUUGAUAGAUCUUGGAUCUCAAGGGUCAACGGAGGAGCUGGAAAGCAAAAGAGGAGGGGGGGAGGCAUGGGAAAGAUGGAGUGGGGGAGGAAUGGGAAAGAUGGAGUCGGGGAGGGAGGGAGGGAAUGAGCGAGGGAGGGAGGGAGGGGGGGAGAAGGAGGGAAAGAGAGGGAGGGUAGAAUGGAGGGACAGAAGGCAAGACAAGGGAGGGUGGUGUGGAGUGUUCUGGAGUGGUAUCCAGUAGUCAUAAGUGUUUCCCACAGGAUUAGCUUCUGGUCUUGCCAAUGCUUCAUUUCUCUGCUUGUGUUUGUAUCCAUCGCAUGCAUGUAUGUGCGUCCAAAGUCUGUUGGCAUGCUGGAAUGCCAUUCAUACUGUACAACGCAAGAAUAAUCACUAGUGUGAGAAACCUAGAACAUA